AUGGCCCACGAGGAGAUGGCGCAGGACGAUCCGCUGCAGGCGGUCGUCUUGUGCGAUGUCUUUACGCAGCGCUUUGCGCCGCUGACGCUCGACAUGCCGCGGUGUUUGAUGCCGGUGUGCAAUGUGCCGCUGAUCGAGUGGACGCUCGAGGCGCUCGCCAAGGCGGGCGUGCACGAAGUCUUUUUCCUCGCGACGUGGCACGCGCCGCAGAUCCGCGCAUACCUCGAGGAGCACCACCCCGCGCUGGUGAAGCCGUCGCGGGGUACCAGUGUCAACACUUCGUCCCUGACCAAGGUGUCGCUCAUCGCCGUGCCCGAGGCACGCAGCGUCGGCGACGCGAUGCGCGAGCUCGACGCCCACCAGAUCAUCACGACCGACUUUAUCCUGAUGCACGCGGACGCGGUCGGCAACAUGGACCUCGCUGCAGUCGUCGAGGCCCACAAGCAGCGCCGCCGCGCAGACCGCAACGCAAUCAUGACGAUCUGCACGAUGCCGGUCGGCCACCGCAGCCGUGCGCGGCCGCUUGGCGAUUUGUCGGUGUUUGCUUUGGCGCCGAGCACGUCGCAGCUCCUGCACUACACCGCGGUGCCAGCGAUUCCCCGCAAGCCCAUGCUCAAGCUCCCGCUCGAGCUGUUUGACGACGAAAGUGCGAUGGGCCUCAGCGGAAAGGGCGCCGAAAUGGACGUGCGCAACGACCUGGUCGACUGCGGCGUGGACGUGUGCUCGAUCGACGUGCCGCCCCUCUUUACGGAAAACUUUGACUACCAGUCGCUGCGCCGCGAGUUUGUGCAGGGCAUCCUCACCUCGGACCUGCUCGAGGCCAAGAUCUUUGUGCACGUCGCGCCGCCGGCGAACGCGUCGUCGACGUCGUCGGGCAUUCCGUGGGACGCGUCGUCCAACGGCCUGCACGGCUCGCCGGCGUACGGCGAGGGAUACAUGCUGCGCGCCUCGGGGCCGGCCGCGUACGACGUCGUGUGCAACGACGUAAUGACAGGGUGGACCUAUCCGUACACGCCGCGCCUCGGCCUGCCGGACGGCACGGUGUACACGCGGCUCAGCUCGCUGCGGUUCCUCGGCGCGGGCGCGACGUGCGCCAUGUCGGGGCGCAUUGGCCUGCGCAGCGUCCUCGGCGCCGAGACGCGCCUCGAGGAUGACGCAGAGGUGAGCCAUGUGAUGAUCGGCGCGCGCGUCACGAUCGGCGCGCGCUCCAAGGUGCACCACGCGUACAUCUGGGACGACGUCCGCAUCGGCACGGGGUGCGACAUUGCGGGCUGCAUGAUCGGUCACAAUGUCACGAUCCUCGACAAUGUGCGCAUCCCUAAAGGCUCGGUCAUUGCGCAGGGCGUGACGAUCGGGCCGGACGUCGACCUGCCGCGGGGCGCGCGUGUGUCGCUGCACCCGUACCGCGCGAGCGAGGACGAGGAGGAAGAGGAAGAGGAAGAGGAGCGCGGCGAUGCUGCGGCGCUCGGCGCACAGGGCCAGGGCUUCCUCUGGGAGCCGCUGGGCGCAAAGCGGUCGAGUGAUGAUGACGGCGACGACGACGAUGACGACGAGCACGACGAUAUCGAGAGCCCGCUGAACGCCAAGCUCUUUGCGAUGGGCGCAGACCUCGACGAUGUCGCACUGAGCGACGCCGCAUCCGAGCUCAGUUCGAUCGACGCCGACUCGGACCCCGAGCCGCUGCUGGACGAUAGCGAUCUCGACGACUCGGACUCGGACUCGGACCUGUCGUCGCCACACUCGGCGUCGGUCUACGGCAGUGUCUCGCUCACCCUUCCUGGGGGGACCGAGUCGCAGACGUACGGCGAAAAACUCGAGUCGGAGCAGCGCCUCAACGAGUUCCGUGCAGAGGCCACGGCGUCGCUCGAGCGUGCGUUCGAGGAGCGCCAUGCCCCAGAGAAUGCCGCGAUCGAGCUCAAGACGCUGCGUAUGGCGAGCAAUGUACCGCCGGGCGAGGUGCGCAAGGUCGCCAUCUCGUUCGUCCUUGCGCGCUGCUCGGUCGACCAGGCGAAGGACACCGCCGAUCUGCUUGACCACUGGGGACCGCUGCUCCAGGAGGUUGCGCACGACGACCAGGUCGAGGCGCUCGCGACGAUGCAGUCGUUCUGUGCAGCAAACGUUACCCACACCAAGCUCUUUUUGCCGCUGCUCAAGAAGGUGUACAAUGACGAAAUCGUCGCCGACGAGUCGAUUCUCGCGUGGUGGCGCCACGCAUCGAGCCGCCGCAUCGUGCUCGACGUAGACGACAGCCGCGUCACGUCGGUCAACCAGAUCGUGCUCGAGCUGCGGAAACGCGCCGAGCCCGUCGUGCGUCAUAUCCUCGAGUCGCAAGAGUCCUCCGACGAGGACGAGGAGGAGGAGGACGACGACGACGACGAGUAA